AGAUUUUAAAGCUGGAUUUAGAAUUAUUAGUUGUAUAACAUUGGAUUUUGACCCAAAAAAAAAAUAAAGUUAGAAUAACAUUGGAUUAGUGUUGAAUUUCAAUUCUAUUAAAAUUCAACAUUGAAUAACAAACCCCAUAGCCAUUAUAAAAGGGUAAAAGUAUAGUAUUAGUAUAAAUUUACUAAUCAACCGGUUAAGGUUAUUAAUCAAAUGGUUCAGCCACAAAAUCAUUGAGUUUUCUCAUUUACCCAUCCCUUUUUAAAUCAAUUCGACCAAAAUCAAAAUGUUGUUCUUCCUUCUCAAUACUGUUUAAAAACAAGUGAGGGAAAAUUCCCGCACAUUAUUUCCAAUAAUAAUUCAAUUUCAAACCCUAAAAAUUCGAAAAUUCCCCCAAAAUCCUCUCUACCCAAUGGCAUCGGAAAAGCCAGAAGAUCCGAUGAACAACACCGCCGGAAUAGGAACAGACGAGGAGUCUAUAGCUCAGCGUCGGAAGCGGCUCCGACGAGUGAGCUUCGCCGACCGGGAAAUUACUUCCGUUCACAUUUUCAACCGGGACGAAGAUUACGAGACGCCGCCAAAUACCUCCGCCGCGAAACCACAAAACGGUGAUACAGCAGAGCAUGAAGAUAAAGUAAUUAGGUUUUUCGGUGAAUUAUCUGACCGCGAAGAUACUGACGGAGAUGGUGAUGCUGAAUACGAAGCUAUAUUGGAUAAAUCAUUCUUGAGACCAAAAUAUUCACCAUCUUCAGGAGGUAGUACUGUUGGUUCUGCUACUAGUGAUAACGAUAAUUUCUUUGGCCCUGUGUCUUCUCAUUUUAUCAAUCCUGGAAGAUUGUCGGAUACUACUUUCUCUGAAGAGCACCAUGAAAUGACGAUGGAUUCUACUGCGUUUUCGAUGCAUUUUCGGAGUCUUGCGAGGUCAGAGUCUGGAGAUGUAAGGACCCCUACGAGUAGUCAUCUUCCAGUAGAAGAAAAAACACCAACUGAGGUUACCUCUAGAUCUGAUACAGGAAGUGCAAUGGUGUUAACAGAACCUAAGAAGCUAUUUCCAAAAUCCCCUGUGCCAGUUGAUAAAGGAAGUGGUGGUAGAGACUCGAAUGAUAUGAGUAUUGUGGGUGAAAAUUCUCGGAAAUAUGAUUACGGUUAUAUAUCUCCUACACUAGCAGCUUUAAUGGGAGAUGGAAGCAAGGAAUUGCUUCCUGAAGAUAAUACUGUGGAAGCAAGAUCACCUAUCGAUGAUUUUUUUUCGUCUCCUCAAAAUGGAUACAUGCCCAUAGGUCAUGGUAUAGAUAGCAGUGAUGCUUGUCACCCUCAAAUAGUGCUGCAGGAAUCAGGAAGCUUACGUUACACAAAAGAGGCUUCCCUUUCCUCGUCAGCUAUUAGAAGGCAAAGUGCGUUUUUAGUUGGUAUGUUGCCUCAGUCCUUAUCUUGUGUUACUCCUUCCCCUAAACAGGGUGGAAGCUUUAUGAGCAGGGAAACUCGGGCACUAGUUGAGAGCUUGUCAACUAUUCAGAAAAGCAAAUCCAGACUUGGAUUGAUUCCACCCUCCCCUGGUUCUGCUCUUUCUCAAAGAAUUGAGAAAUCAAAGCUACAAUUAUCCGGACACCGUUCUAUGGUUACCCCAGCAACUGGGAGGGAAGAGAUAGGUGUCCUCAGGGAAAAGCAUGCAGAUAUACCCAUUACCAACUUGGAGGAUUUGUUAUCAAAACAUGAUAAUAGAACACCAAUUUCUGAAAAGAAAAGCAUCCCAGAUAAGUGUGUUAGUGGUGCAUUCAACCCUGCUGUUGACACUAGCGAUGAUAAUAGAACACAAGUUUCAGAAAAGAAAGGCAUCCCAGAUCGAUGCACUAGUGGUGCAUUGAGCCCUGCUGUUGACACUAGCGUUGAUAGAACACCAGUUUUAGAAAAGAAAGGCAUCCCAGAUCGAUGCACUAGUGGUGCAUUGAGCCCUGCUGUUGACACUAGCGAUGAUAGAACACCAGUUUCAGAAAAGAAAGGAUUGAGCCCUGCUGUUGACACUAGCGAUGAUAGAACACCAGUUUCUGAAAAGAAAGGCAUGCCAGAUCAACACUGUUGUGGUGCAUUGAUCCCUGCUGUUGACAUAAGCGAUGUGUUUGCACGCAGAAGUCCAGAAGGAAAUACUAAUUCUGAGAUAGAAGGUUCACUCUGUAAACAACAACAGAGAAAUCAGACAGCCAGCACCCCUGAGAAGUGUGUGUCAUCUCUAACAAAUUCGUCAAAUGCAAAACCGUCAGCAUUGAAGAAGUUUGCUACUCGUCCAGAUCAAGAGCAGCAUAGUAAAGCCAUUGAGACUGGGGAGGGAAAUGUGACCAAGGAAUGUGCUAGUAAUUGUUCUAUGAAUACAUUAUCCGACAAAGUGGAUUCCCUGCUUGCAGAAUCUAGCGUAUUACUUAGCGAGACAGGCUUCUUGAAUGGCUCUGCUCAACAAAAAGAGAAGGACAGUAUGCUGAACAAAAAUCAAAACAGAACCAACAUCAGUGCUUCCCAGAGUCUUCUGAAGGAUAAUAAUCACUUUAAAGUCCAUUGUGAAACAGAAGUUAUCUCAGCUGAAGACUUUCCUGCUUUAGUUACAAAAAACCUUCCUAGUACCUCUGGCUCUCCAUCUAUGGACAGGUAUGAGAAUGAGGCUUCACAUGCUAAGGGACCAUCCAGAUUGAAAAGGAAAGCAGAAGAUGUUGAUUGUGCCGGUAGAAGUUGUAGCCCCAAAGUCGGGAGAAGUACACAGUAUAUUUCGAAUUCAGUGAUGGACAUCCCUAAUGGAAACAUCGAUGCUAACGAUUGCCGCAGAGUUCAUGAACAAGUGAACUGGGUAGAAAUUCCAGGAAAAGUAUCAGAAAAAAUCAAUCAAAUGCUUGCUCCCUUGGAAGAUAAGCUGAACUCCAGACUGAUAUGCAAGCUGGAAGAUAUAUUAACACACAUGAAGAAGGUUCAUUUGUGUGAGAUGCUCUGUCUUCAAAUUCAAUCUCAGAAAGUAUGUGACGACUUGCGUGGUGCCAAGACAAAGAGACGUGCUGAGAGCAGAUCAUUACUCUGCAAGUUAGCAUACGAAAAAGCCAAACUUGAGUUGCUGCACCUCAAGAAAGAGAUAAUGAUGAAAAAGUUUCAAGCAGUGAGCACCGGUGUACAAACAUCCGAAACAUUGAGGUUGAAUUGUGCGAACUUUCUACGUCAACAUGGUUUCCAUUCUACUAGCUUGUUGAAUCCUGACCAAGCUCAAGAGGUUGUUACUAGCAAAGGAGCAGAGAUAACACAGGAGAUCAAAGAAUUGGACUCCAAAAUCAAGAACUUGAUUCAAUGUUUUACGACGUCCGACACGGUGACAGGAGAACCGGCAUAUGCAGACACUAUUAUGAUUGCUGAAGAUACUUUGAAAAAGAGAAUGAGUUGCAGAUCCAUACGUCAGGAUAUUCUGGUCUGGCAAGUUGACAGUUUGGGUGAGUGGAAUGAUUGUCAGAGCAUUGUUCUAAACUAUAGUGACGUGUUCAACCAAAGGCUCACAUUAAAGCCUGGUCAUCCUUCAUGUGUACUAGUUUCAAACAGUUUGAGUGAUAAAUUCGUUAAGCAUUUCCCAGAGAUGAAUGUUUCAAUUGCGUUUAACUCUUUGUUUAACGCUGAAGACUCCCGGAAGUAUAUUGGUGGUUCCAAUUUAUUGUUGGAGAUUACACAGAAAACCAGUUUGCUCUUACACAAUCUGCUAGAUGUGGCUGAGGAAUUUCAUUUAGCUCAAAUGAAUAUACCAAAUUUAGUCCAAGGAAACUUUGAUUCUCCAUCAGCGGAGCUGCUACAUUUGCAGAUUAACUUUCUUGAUUGCACAAACUUGAGAAAACUAAGCGUGAUUCUCGAUGUGACAUCUUUGAUCCAUGGGAAGUAUCCUAGUGAUGUAGUUCCUUGCGAGUUACGAGAAGUUUCAGGCACAAAAAGAGACGGUGUUGCAUCAAAACAACUGAAGAACGAGAUAGACUCUGCAAUGAAUGAUGUUGGAGUGGGAUAUCCUCGAAUACUGAGACUCUGUCUUUGCAUUUCCAAAGCAUUGCAAUCACAAAAGAGAUGAUAACUCAUUUUGUAACACUUUAACAUUUUACGGGUUUGGUUUUGUAAAUAUGGCGGAAGGGCUACUACUACUAGUACUAGUGUACUACUAGUACCUUUUGCCAUUUUUAAUCUUUUAACCAAAAGUUUUAGUUUUGGGUUUUGUAUAUGUUGGUGAAUACGUUAACCAGUCUUCCUCGUUUCGGGUCUUAGUGUAAGAUUACCUAUAAAUAUUUUGGUCU